CCAAAAUGGUUUGGUGCGGUUUAGUUCAGUUAAGACACUGUUUAAUAUAUACACCACCAAGUGAAUCUCUCCGCCUCUCUCUCUCUUUCUCUGCGGAAUCUCUUCGUCUCGUUGCGUUCGAGAGUUCCGUACGAUCCCAGCAAGAAAGGGAAGAGAUGGCGGAGGAGAAGAAAGUUGCACCGAUUGGUAUCUGGACUGCCGUGAAGCCUUUCGUCAAUGGCGGUGCCUCUGGUAUGCUCGCCACUUGCGUUAUCCAGCCGAUUGACAUGAUCAAGGUGAGGAUUCAACUAGGUCAGGGAUCUGCAGCUAGUGUGACCACCACCAUGUUGAAGAAUGAAGGUAUCGGUGCCUUCUACAAGGGAUUAUCAGCUGGUUUGCUGAGGCAAGCAACUUACACCACAGCUCGUCUUGGAUCAUUCAAGAUGCUGACUGCGAAAGCAAGUGAGGCUAACGAUGGGAAGCCACUACCGCUUUAUCAGAAGGCUCUAUGUGGUCUGACAGCUGGUGCUAUUGGUGCCUGCGUUGGUAGUCCAGCCGAUUUAGCGCUUAUCAGAAUGCAAGCUGAUAAUACUUUGCCGUUAGCUCAGCGCAGGAACUAUACCAAUGCCUUCCACGCGCUUUACCGUAUUAGCGCUGAUGAAGGAGUUUUGGCGCUCUGGAAAGGUUGUGGGCCAACUGUGGUCAGAGCAAUGGCUUUGAACAUGGGGAUGCUUGCGUCUUAUGAUCAAAGUGCUGAAUACAUGAGAGAUAAUCUUGGUCUUGGGGAGACAUCCACAGUCGUAGGAGCAAGUGCUGUUUCUGGAUUCUGCGCUGCGGCUUGCAGUCUUCCAUUUGACUUUGUCAAAACACAGAUCCAAAAAAUGCAACCCGACGCUCAGGGUAAAUAUCCAUACACUGGUUCGCUGGACUGUGCGAUGCAAACCUUGAAAUCAGGAGGACCUUUGAAAUUCUACACAGGCUUUCCGGUUUACUGCGUCAGGAUCGCCCCUCAUGUCAUGAUGACUUGGAUCUUUUUGAACCAGAUUACAAAGUUCCAAAAGAACAUUGGGAUGUGAUCUCCAAGCAAAUCUUAUGAAGUGGGCGGUGAAAAUAAAAAUGAGAAGAAUUCAUUUACUUUUUAAUCAUAUUCAUGCUUAGAUGCUUUAAAGCAUUAUUGUAGCUGUUUGAGACUUUACUAUCUUUCUUUUGCCAAGGGUCGUUGUUUGGUUCGGUAAACUUAUAAAUUAUCAGAGAUUUUUUAAAGGUUUAUAACUACAAAUUUAUUAAUGCAUUAAA